AUGCACUAUAGGGAGAUUGGUCGCGGCACCUUUGGUGUCGUCUUAACUGCGGACGAGCAACCUGAUACCGCCGUCAAGAAGAGCUUCAAAGGCAACGACACCCUGGCUGUUGAGUUCGAGCACGGCUUGGCCACCAGCUUCGCCGUGACAACAAGUGCGCCCAGCCUCGCACAGGAGUUUCCCGAGCCGGAUCCGUGGUGGAUUGCCAACGUCAAGGGGUUCCCAUCUACGAAUGGUGACAACGUGCCCAAUGGAGUGUUUCUGUUUGAGCGCAUCCCCCCAGUGCCUCGAUCCCUACAGGAAUCCCUCAUCCGUCGAUUUUGGGCAUCGCCCGAGGAACAACAGGCGGCGCUCAACGACCCUGACAACAGGGACUGUAUGAUACGCCCGUACCUGCCGGAAAGAUGGGCGUACUACGAAGCCAAAGGACGAAAGCGGCUAAACAAUGAGCAAAAGGCUUCACUGCGCAACUUCCAGGCGUACCUUGACGAUCUGCAAGACAUGGGCGUCGACUGCCAUGCGGUUGCGAGACAGAUUGCCCUCGGGCUGGCCGUUGGUCACUGGGAGGCGCAACAUGACAUGACCGACGUUGAAUUCGUCAUUGCUGGCCGGUACACGCCUCCACCGACGGCCGCUCGAUCCCACACGCUGCCACUCAGCGCCUACGACAAGCGAAACGACCUCGGCAACCGGACGAUUGUCGCAGAAGCUCCUCCAGCCGUCCAGCAUGGAUUACCAACCAGAACCCAGAUGUGGCUGGUCGAUUUCGACAAGUGCAACCGUGUCCGUGUCUGGGACGACACCCUGGCGCAGGACAUCCGGACACUGGCCCUCGGUAUCUGCGCCAACGACCCCUAUUACCCGAAUCCGCUGCCGGACACCCAGUUCGGCUGGGACGUGUUUGUCACUUUUACGGAGACGUACAUUCGUGCGGGGCGUCAUCUGCUGCAGCGCGCCUUUGAAAAGGUAGCAACAAAUGACGAACAGCUGCAAAAAGUGCUCAAACGGCCAGCCAUGGUGAUGAGGGAGUGGACCAGAACUGUGAUGAACGCCAAGAGAAACAACGAAAGGGACGUGUUUGACGCACGAAUGAGGGUGCGCAAGGAGCAAGGAUGGGUAACACCGGCUUGGGCCGCAGAAAGAUAGACGAGACAUCAAUACUUUGUGAGUCUUCUCGGGCAAUAUAUACAGCUUCAUCGAUUGUCAUAUCAUACUUGGACAGCGAUAGCAGGCCGCGUCGUUGGAACUUGGAAGUUACCUUAUGCACAGUUAGACAGUUGGCU